AUGGGUCCCCUGCUGUUUGACUACUAUGUGGUUGAAUCCUUGACAGCAGCUGCAAAUUUUUGGGCCGCAUGCAUCCUCAGAGCAUCCUCCGUGGAAUAUGGUGAUGCAAAGGAUUUAUGUGGGCAUCAUUCAUGUGAUACUCUGGGAAUGGCAGACGUUGGGACCAUAUGCUCUCCUGAGCGCAGCUGUGCAGUGAUUGAAGAUGACGGCCUCCAUGCAGCUUUUACAGUGGCUCACGAAAUUGGGCACUUGCUUGGGCUUUCCCAUGAUGACUCUAAAUUUUGUGAGGAGAACUUUGGUUCCAUGGAAGAUAAGCGCCUGAUGUCCUCCAUUCUGACUAGCAUUGAUGCUUCAAAACCCUGGUCCAAAUGCACAUCAGCAACUAUAACGGAAUUUUUCGAUGAUGGUCAUGGUAACUGUUUGCUGGACCAACCGAGAAAGCAGAUCCUGGGCCCCGAGGAGCUUCCGGGACAAACCUAUGAUGCCAUUCGUCAGUGCAAACUGGCUUUUGGACCGGAAUACACAGUGUGUCCCGGUAUGGAUGUUUGCUCUCGCCUCUGGUGUGCAGUUGUGCGCCAAGGUCAGAUGGUUUGUCUGACUAAGAAGCUGCCUGCUGUGGAGGGAACACCAUGUGGAAAAGGGAGGAUCUGCCUCCAGGGAAAAUGUGUUGACAAAACCAAGAAGAAAUACUACUCAGCUUCAAGCCAUGGUAACUGGGGGUCCUGGGGACCUUGGGGACAGUGCUCCCGUACCUGUGGUGGAGGAGUUCAGUUUGCUUAUCGUCACUGCAAUAACCCAGCUCCUAGAAACAACGGCCGGUACUGCACUGGCAAGAGGGCCAUCUACCGCUCCUGCAACGUCACACCCUGCCCAGCAAACGCUAAAUCUUUUCGACAAGAGCAGUGUGAAGCAAGGAAUGGCUAUCAGUCUGACGCAAAGGGUGUCAAGACAUUUGUUGAAUGGGUCCCCAAGUACGCUGGAGUGCUUCCCGGAGAUGUUUGCAAGCUCACCUGCCGCGCCAAAGGAACUGGCUAUUAUGUGGUAUUUUCUCAGAAGGUAACUGAUGGUACUGAAUGUCGACCAUACAGUAAUUCAGUCUGUGUCCGGGGAAAAUGCAUCCGAACUGGUUGCGAUGGCAUCAUCGGUUCCAAGCUCCAGUAUGACAAAUGCGGGGUGUGUGGAGGAGACAAUUCCAGCUGCACAAAAGUCAUGGGAACCUUUACCAAAAAGAGCAAGGGCUACACAGAUGUAGUGAAAAUCCCAGAAGGGGCGACCCACAUCAAAGUUCGGCAGUUCAAGACUAAGGACCAGAGCAGGUUCACUGCCUACCUGGCCCUGAAAAAGAAAAACGGUGAGUACCUUGUCAAUGGAAAAUACAUGAUCUCCACUUCAGAAACAAUCAUUGACAUCAACGGGACUGUCAUGAACUACAGCGGCUGGAGUCACAAAGAUGAUUUCUUGCACGCAAUGGGACACUCUGCCACAAAAGAGGUUCUUAUUGUGCAGAUACUUGCGACUGAUCCAACUCAACCAGUGGAUGUCCGCUAUAGUUUCUUCGUGCCAAAGAAGCAAGGGCAAAUGACUAACUCUGUCACCAGCAGCGGCAGCAGCAGCAGCAGCAAAGUUACUCCACAGCUCACGCAACCCCGCUGGGUUACGGGGCCGUGGCUUUCUUGUUCUCGAACGUGCGACACAGGAUGGCACACCAGGACUGUCCAGUGCAAAGACGGGCAUGGAAAAUUAGCUAAGGGAUGUCUUCUCUCUCAGAGACCAUCAGCAUUUAAACAGUGCUUGUUGAAAAAGUGUUAA